AUUCACCAUUAUGUACAGGCACUAACAUGUUAUUUCGCCGGUCAGGUCAGGUGAUCAAUAUCGAUAAAUAACAUUAUCAAUAACGUGAUCAAUAACAAUCUCCUCAUUGGUUGGUUUGAUUUUGGAGAUGAAGUGGAUGUGGAAACAGUUUCUGUUCAGUUCGGUUGAAAUGGCGGAACAAAGCGCAAUUGUCAAUGAGCCUGAGGGUAUUGCAGUUGAUGACCCUCCAUCGGGGACCGCCACCCCUGAAGCGACCGCCGCCCCUUCGGCGACCGUCGCCACCACUACCGCCGCCACCACUGCCGCCCCUUCAGUGGCCACCCCUGAUAUACUUAGAAUGUUGGAAGCCCUGCAAGGGCAGGUCAACGCCUUAGUGAACCGGCCGACAGCAAGCAAUGACAGGAGACCUGCAGGGCACCUCAUUGCCAGGGGGGCGGAUCAUGGCCGCGGUGGUCGCCGUGGACGAGGUGGACACCGCGGCCGUGGACGAGGUGGACACCGCGGCCGUGGACGAGGUGGCGGGUCCAAUAAUUUUUUUUAUUUUUAAUAAAUAAUUAAAAAGAU